CACAGGAACCGUAAGGUGUCCGUGUGUUUCGGGCGGGAAACGUGGGCGUGGAGGAGCGGUAUGAAAGCCACGUGCGCCGCCGCAGAGAGCCACAAGCAGCAGCUUUACGCACGAAGGCGUCACUAGACUUUUGGUGGACUGUUGGACUGUUCCCAGCACCGGUUCUGCGCCUGCGACCAGCCUCGGUGUUUCCAUCCAAUAACCUGUGAUCACGCGCCAUGCCGCCGCCGAGGACGUUCGCUGCGGGGCUGCUGAUGCUGGCUUUCCUCGGGCAGCACGUCUCUUCGGCCUCGAGUAAGAACCGCGAAGCGCACCAGAACGCGCCUCCGGCGCCCGGAAGAGGGCAGAGCGCCGGGGACAGGCCCUCAGCGACCGCGCGGGGCAAGUUCUCCAUCAAGCAUGAUACGAUGGAGUGCACGUGGAGAGCGAAGGACGUCGGCGACUCGGUGACGCUGGCGGUAAAGUGCCAGAAGCCGCAGGCGCGCGCCAGCAGCCUCACGUGCCAGUACACGGGCCGACCUCAGCUGUGCGGGGGGUACCUGUCCGACAACAGCGCCUUCUGGAAGCAGGUGGCUCGCGCGCUCAAGAGAUUCCAGGGCAGAGUGUGCGCAGACGGGCGCGCGCCGGUGAAGGCUGGAAUGUGCAAGCGCGCGCCCCGCGACGCGCACUUCAAGCUGGACGCGAUGGACUCGCUCGGCCCCGAGACCUCCAGCGGCGGGCCUGGCUCGCGCCCGCCGGCCCGGUCCACCUCCGCCGCACCGACCGCCUGCACGGGGCGCGCGGACCACCGCAGAGCGGCGGAGGAAUACUGCAGCAGCUCGUGGUCCAGCGUGUGCUCCUUCCUCUUCUCCAUGCUGCAGAGCGACUGCUAGCGCGCGGGAUUUCAAGCUCUGUCCGUCUCUGCUAAUACAGUUGCUUUUGCUGAGUAUUCACUUGUGUGUACUUCUACUUAAUAAUGUUUCAAAGGUAAAUGUUGCACUUUUAGUUACAGUUUCAGAAACUUUAAAAAAACAUACAUUUUACUUUUAGAGUCGCGUAUAAUAUUUUCUUUAUGUAAAAGUACUCAGUUUACUGUAGUUUAUCAGCAGCAUUUUGGGUUGAACCUUUUAUUUGAAAUCAGUAGUCAGUACAGAUCAUAAUUGUAAUAUUGCAAUACUCAAGGAUGUUACUAUUUCCUAAAGGACUGACACGGUUUAAAAUGUAAGACGAUCUCCAGCUCGUUUCCAGUAAAGAGCUGCCACCGGGCCUGAACCUCUCAGCUCAGUGUCUGGAGCCAGAAUUGUUGUCCUGAACGUGUUUAGGAGACUCGUAUUUGACAUAUGUACUUUCCUGACAGGGAACUUUGUAAUGUAGUAUUUUACUGUCUUGUUUAUGACAGAAACCUGUGUCAGAACACUGUAUCACAGAAUUAUAGAUUGAAUUGUGAUUGUUAGCUUCUUCUACCUCGGGUCAACUUUAUUAACCAGCCACUAUACAAGUUUUGAAAUUUCAGUGUUUUUAUGCAACAUAAAUAAAGAUUUGUUGUGAAACAUGAGACUUUUAACAGGGUGAAGUAAAUGUUUGUAUGAGUCAUGGUCAUAUUAGCAGUAAAUCUGUGUCUCAAACCA